CUUAGGAAGACUAAUGCAGAUACAGCCAUGCAGCAGGUCCUGGACAACCUUACUGAUCUGCCGACAUCGACAGGCGCUGAAGAAAUAGACCUGAUUUUUCUUAAAGGAAUUAUGGAAAACCCUAUUGUAAGAUCACUUGCUAAGGUAUUUAAACCUGUUGCUCUGAGCAGAAUCUGGAAGUAUUUAGACUCUUAUUGUGUGAACACUGAGUAUGGAUUGAGGUUUUUUGGAGCUCAUGAGCGACUGGAAGAUUCUAAACUUGAGGCUGUCAGUGACAACAACCUGGAGUUGGUGAAUGAAAUUCUCGAAGACAUCAGUCCCUUAGUAAAUAAAGAUGAAAAUAUUGCAGAAUUGGUUGGAAUACUCAAGGAACCUCAUUUUCAGUCACUCUUGGAAGCACAUGAUAUUGUGGCUUCAAAAUGCUAUGAUUCCCCUCCUUCUAGCCCAGAAGUCAAUAAUUCUUCAGUGAACAACCAGAUAGUUCCUGUAGAUGCUAUUCGUAUCCUUGGAAUUCACAAAAGAGCAGGAGAACCACUGGGUGUUACCUUUAGAGUUGAGAACAAUGACCUGGUAAUAGCACGGAUUCUCCAUGGAGGAAUGAUAGAUCGACAAGGUCUUCUGCAUGUAGGUGACAUCAUUAAAGAGGUGAACGGCCAUGAGGUGGGAAACAAUCCGAAAGAAUUGCAGGAACUGCUGAAAAAUAUUAGUGGCAGUGUCACUCUGAAGAUUCUCCCCAGCUACAGAGACACUGUAAUUCCUCAACAGGUCUUUGUGAAGUGUCAUUUUGACUAUAAUCCAUAUAAUGACAACCUCAUCCCAUGCAAAGAAGCAGGUUUGAAGUUUUCUAAAGGAGAAAUUCUUCAGAUUGUAAACCGGGAAGAUCCAAACUGGUGGCAGGCCAGUCAUGUCAAAGAAGGAGGAAGUGCAGGGCUUAUUCCUAGCCAGUUCCUGGAGGAGAAGAGAAAGGCCUUUGUUAGAAGGGAUUGGGACAGCUCAGGGCCUUUCUGUGGAACAAUAAGCAGCAAAAAAAAGAAAAAGAUGAUGUAUCUCACUACAAGAAAUGCAGAAUUUGAUCGUCAUGAAAUCCAGAUCUAUGAGGAAGUAGCCAAAAUGCCUCCUUUUCAGAGGAAGACACUGGUCUUAAUUGGAGCCCAAGGUGUGGGGCGCAGAAGUUUGAAGAACAGGUUUAUAGUACUGAAUCCCACUAGGUUUGGAACUACAGUGCCAUUUACCUCACGAAAGCCAAGGGAUGAUGAAAAGGAUGGGCAGGCGUACAGAUUCGUGUCACGAGCUGAAAUGGAGAUGGAUAUUAAAGCUGGCAGGUAUUUAGAGCAUGGAGAAUAUGAAGGAAAUCUUUAUGGCACCAAAAUCGAUUCCAUCCUUGAAGUUGUUCAGACAGGAAGGACCUGCAUCUUGGAUGUGAAUCCACAGGCCUUGAAAAUACUGAGGACUUCAGAAUUCAUGCCCUACGUAGUGUUUAUUGCUGCUCCAGAGCUGGAGACUUUGCGUGCUAUGCACAAGGCUGUGGUCGAUGCUGGAAUCACGACCAAACUUCUCACUGACACCGAUUUGAAAAAAACAGUGGAUGAAAGCGCGCGGAUCCAGCGAGCGUACAACCACUAUUUUGAUCUGACCAUUGUAAAUGACAACCUCGACAAAGCCUUCGAGAAGCUACAGACUGCCAUCGAGAGACUGAGGCUGGAGCCCCAGUGGGUCCCAAUCAGCUGGGUCUAUUGA